GGAAGGAAGAGAGUAGGAGACAAUUUAGUAAACGAGGAGAGUGAGGGACCGUUUUAGUGUGGAAAACGCGGGUGGAAAAGCAAAAACAAGAGAUGGCCGAGGGAGAAGGCUGUGCGUUUUGGAAUUUGGAUGGUUGGUUUUGUUCUCCUCUUCUUCUCCUUCUUCUUCUUCUUCUUCGAGUAUCUCAAAUUUCUUGGAGAGGAGUAGACGACGCUCUUUGGUUUUUUCUCUCUCGGCUAAAAGGAUAAAAAAAAAAAAUGAAGGGAAAUUAAGCUCUCCUUCAACUUUUUCUUUCUCUAAAACGCUAUCUAUCUAUCUGAAGGAGAAGAGGGAUUCGGAUUGGGUGAAUGAGAAUUGCGGCGGGGAGUGUUAGAGUCACUGCUUGGUGAUGGAGGGCAAUAAUAUUAGGUCUUCUAAUUUUCAAUAACUUUGAUGCUGGAAUUCCGAUGUCCCGUACUGGUCCUCCGCCUGUGACUGAGGGACCCUCUCUGUCACCAUCGUUGAACGAAGGCAAUGUUUUGCAAUAAAUUUUUAAACCCGGUUAUCUACUGUCGUCUUAGAUGCAAUGUGGCAAAUGAAUUUGAGAUCAAAUGAAACAAUGGAAUCUGGGCCUUAUCCUGAGCGUCCUGGAGAGCCUGAUUGUUCUUAUUACAUCAGAACAGGGCUUUGUAGAUUUGGGGCUACAUGCCGAUUUAAUCAUCCUCCUAACAGAAAGCUGGUAUUAACUGCAGCAUGUUUAGACAAAUUCUUGGAACUUCAAGCUUUAGCCGCUGCGAGAAUGAAAGGGGAAUUUCCAGAAAGGAUGGGACAACCUGAAUGCCAGUACUAUCUAAAGACAGGAACUUGCAAGUUUGGAGCCACAUGCAAGUUUCAUCAUCCUAAAGACAAGGCUGGGAUUGCUGGAAGAGUAUCCUUAAAUAUUUUGGGGUAUCCACUUCGACCGAAUGAGAUUGAUUGUGCUUACUACUUAAGAACUGGGCAGUGCAAGUUUGGAAGCACUUGUAAAUUCCACCAUCCUCAACCAACUAAUGUGAUGGUUCCACUACGUGGUUCCCCUAUUUAUCCUACUGUCCACUCUCCAACUUCUCCGGGUCAGCAAUCCUAUGCAGGAGGACUUACAAACUGGUCAAGAGCGUCUUUCGUUACCAGUCCACGUUGGCAAGUUCCUUCAAGUUAUACACCUCUGAUUUUACCUCAAGGAGUAGUAUCUGUUCCACGCUGGAACGCAUACUGUGGUCAGUUGGGAUCAGUUUCUUCUCCAGAGGGUCGGCAACAAACAGGAAACAGUCAGAUAUAUGAAACCUCCCGCCAGAGUGAAUUGGUAAAUACAGUAUCUCAAGGGGCACUUUCUCCAUUCCGUUCUAGCUCUGUCCCUGUAGGAUUUUAUGCAUUGCAAAGGGAGAAUGUUUUUCCUGAGAGACCUGGCCAGCCUGAAUGCCAGUUUUACAUGAAGACUGGGGACUGUAAGUUUGGUGCAGUUUGUAGGUUCCAUCACCCAAGAGAAAGGCUAAUUCCUGCUCCAGACUGUGUCUUGAGCCCCAUAGGCCUCCCUUUACGCCCAGGAGAACCUUUGUGCAUUUUCUAUUCUCGUUAUGGUGUCUGCAAGUUUGGUCCAAGUUGCAAGUUUGACCACCCUAUGGGAAUUUUCACGUACAAUCUCUCAGCAUCAUCUUCAGCUGAUGCCCCAGUUAGACGAUUUCUGGGGCCGUCAUCAGGAUCUGCUGCAUUUACUUUAUCACCAGAAGGGCUUGUUGAAGCAGGCUCAACAAAGCCCAGGCGACUUUCACUGUCAGAGCCUAGACAAAUGCCAUCUGGUUCCUUCUUGCCGAAAUUUGUGGGUGAAUUUGAUUUCAAUAGAGAAGCAUUUGGUGGCAGCAGGAUGAAGUGGAAUGUUAUUGCUUAUUGUCUCCUCGGUUGGAUUAUUCAAGGCUUACAUAUAUCACAGGCAAUGAAUAACAACAUUCAUGGACUGCCCCCUACAUCCACACCAGGCUUUUGCAAUAAAUCCCUGAAGCAUAUCAGGUACCAGGAGAACAUUAUUCAUGAUUUCAUUGGUCAUUCACUGAUAAGUAUCUGAAACCAUGGGGAACUCGUGGGAAAUAUAGAUCACCUUGUGGGGUUUUGAUAUUCUUUUUAGGCUUUGACGCUUGUCCAAUAUAUUUCAAGUGGUUUAAAAUAUUUCAGCAAUGUAACGACAUUUACAUUUCUUUUAAUACAAAUUUGCACGAACAAUUGUACCUUCGCGUGGUAUCAUAUGUUCAAUUCCUUCUA